AGAUUUACAGACAAUACAAGAGAACUAAAGUACGAGACCGGACUCGAGCGGGUCAGAUGAGCGGCGCACAGCAGUGAAACCGCUUCACAUCAGUUCACACCGGCGUUAUUUUAGACACAUGAUCGCGGAGUGAAAAGAUGGGCCGCAAGAAACAGGAGGAAGAGCAAAACAACCCCGAGUAUGGUGAACCAGCUCAGUUUGACCCCACGUUCACCGGCCCCAUUCACAACAGGAGCUGUACGGACAUCAUAUGCUGUGCUCUGUUCAUGCUGGUCAUCACCGGUUACAUGGUGGUAGGAAUUCUGGCCUGGCUGUACGGAGACCCUCGACACGUGCUGUAUCCCAGAAACUCCACGGGAAUGUUCUGCGGAGUCGGACCGAACAAGGACAAACCCAACGUCAUGUACUUUGACAUCCUUAAGUGUGCCACAGCGACCAACAUCAUGGCUGCCGCUCUGCAGGGGCUCCAGUGUCCCACCACACAGGUGUGUGUGCAGACGUGUCCGUCAGAGUUCUGGGUUCUGCCUCCUAGCGCCUACUUUUCAGGAGCUAAACCAGCUGAUUUUUUCAAACCGGAGUACUGCGUCCCGUCCUUCCAGCUGCAAGGCACUUCAUAUUCAGUUAUGGACAUUGUCAAUAAAGAGUUGUGUCCCUCAUUCUACAUACCGACCACCUCCGUGUUGGGUCGGUGUUUGCCCAGUUUGGGAGGAAGUGCCUAUAGUCCCAAUAACUUUCCCUCAAACUUCAGUCUUUCUGGGCUGGAUGCAAAUGGGACUUUGGCAGCAAUCAGGAAUGCCACAGGUGCUGGAGGGGCGACACACGACGUCACCAACAGCUUCAACAUCAAAGACGUCGGCCUGCGUAUCUUCGAGGACUUCGCCAAGUCGUGGCAGUGGAUCGUAGCAGGUCUGGUGAUUGCGAUGGUGGUCAGCGUCCUCUUCCUGCUGCUGCUGCGCUUCACGGCACCGGUUCUCGUCUGGGUUCUCAUCUUCGGCGUUCUGGCGGUCGGGGCCUUCGGUAUCUGGUACUGUUAUAAUGAGUACAUGACCCUGGCGAGCUCCAGCCUGACCUUCAAUAACGUGGGCUUCACCACUAACGUACAGGUCUAUCUGCAGGUGCGAGACACCUGGCUGGCCUUCUUGAUAAUUCUGUGUAUCGUUGAGGCCAUUCUGCUGCUAGCGCUGAUCUUCCUGAGGACUCGUAUUCUCAUUGCCAUCGCUCUUAUACAGGAGACCAGCAAAGCACUGGGUCACAUGAUGUCAACUCUGUUUUAUCCCAUCGUCACGUUUGUGCUGCUGCUGGUGUGUGUGUCGUACUGGGGCAUCACGGCGCUAUACCUGGCUACAUCCGGUGCUCCCGUCUAUAAGGUGGUGGCGAUGAACACAUCCCAGGGAGACUGCAGCACCAUACGAGCCAACGAGACCUGCAGCCCAGAGACCUUUAACGGUACACUGUACCCCACGUGUCCGUCCGCCCGCUGCGUCUUCAUCAACUACAACGAGGAGGGUUUGUUUCAGAGGAACCUCUUCAAUCUUCAGAUCUAUAACGUGGUUGCGUUCCUGUGGUGCGUGAACUUCGUCAUCGCUCUGGGUCACUGCACCCUCGCCGGGGCCUUCGGCUCUUACUACUGGGCCUUCAGCAAACCGGCAGAUAUCCCAACAUUCCCUCUGACCCAGUCCUUCAUGAGAGCGCUGCGGUAUCACGUGGGCUCUCUGGCGUUCGGCGCUCUCAUUCUCACGCUGGUGCAGAUCGUCAGGAUCAUUCUGGAGUAUCUGGACCACAAGUUCAAAGAGGCUCAGAAUCCGUGCACACGCUUCAUCAUGUGCUGUCUGAAAUGCUGCUUCUGGUGUCUGGAGAAAUUCAUCAAGUUCAUCAACAGAAACGCUUACAUCAUGAUCGCCAUAUACGGGAAGAACUUCUGUGUGUCGGCCAAGAACGCGUUCUCUCUGCUCAUGAGGAACAUUGUACGGGUGGUGGUUCUGGAUAAAGUGACGGAUCUGCUGCUGUUCUUCGGGAAGCUGCUGGUGGUCGGUGGAGUCGGCGUGCUGGCGUUCUUCUUCUUCUCCGGCAGGAUUCAGACGCCAGGAACCACGUUUCAAACGGCAGCUCUCAACUACUACUGGAUGCCCAUCAUUACUGUGGUGUUCGGUGCGUAUCUGAUCGCUCACGGCUUCUUCAGUGUGUAUAACAUGGGUGUGGACACACUCUUCCUGUGUUUCUUGGAAGACCUGGAGCGGAAUGACGGCAGUCCACAGAAACCAUACUUCAUGUCCAAGAACCUGAUGAAGAUCCUCAACAAGAAGAACAAAGCGCCCAAGACGGGCUGAUGAAGAUGAAGAUGAAGGUUUUCUGACUUCAUUCUCUCAAGCACCGUCACUUUCAAUCCAAUCUUGAAGAUCCCAGUGAAUCCAUGCACAGACGCUUUUAAACAUGUUAUUUUUUUUCUUACACUUGUUACUGAGAUUUUCUGGGACUUGAUCUCAGAGCUUUGUUUUCAACAGAAUCUGGUGUAACUCAAAGCCACCAAAGAUUGAUGACAUCCAAACUGCUGGAAACCCUUUUUACUGAAAAUGUGCCAGUGAUUUUUAUUUUUUUCUUCCAAAGCAAAUGCAAGCCAAAGCUUUUAUUAGCCAUUAUUAUCAUUCUAGUAAUAAAUUUGGUUUAUGCUUUUAAUAUGCGAGACGUGCACAGUAAAGCUGUGUUUCACAUACAAACCACUGUUUUCUUCCAAGAACGCUGAACAUUUUUUUAAAGCUACAGCAAAAGAGAGAAUAUCCGACACUCCAAAGGCUUGAACGAAAGGCAUAGUUUUGAAUGUUUUUAUAGUUGCGGUAGUGCAUGCUCUUUUCAUAUUUUUAUAUGAUUUUUCUGUUCAGUUGUGUGAUUUAGUGUGAACUGGAAACAAACAGAAUAUUUAUUUAAAGACAUAAAUUUAAUAAAAAUGUUGCAUAUUA